CCUCCAUCUGCAAAAUCCACAGUACCUUCUUCAUCCGAAGGCGACUGGGGAUUAUGGAAGAAGGCUCAAGACGCGAAGAACCGCUAAAAGAAGAAGAAAUCUGGAGUUGGGGAGCAGGUACCGACGGACAACUAGGCACUGGAAAGCUUGAGGACGAGCUCCUUCCUCAACUCCUCCAUCUUCCGUCGCUUGCCGCCUCCGCCGCCGGCUCCAUCUCCAUGCUCGCCUGCGGCGGUGCUCACGUUGUUGCGUUGACAUCUGGGGGAAGAGUGUUAACAUGGGGAAGAGGCACAUCCGGUCAACUAGGCCAUGGGGAGAUGGUCAAUUGCUUGUACCCAAAGGCUGUCAAUUCCUUGGAGGAUCAUGUUAUAACUCACGUCUCUGCUGGAUGGAGUCACUCUGGAUUUGUUUCAGGUCAUUUUUUGAUGGAGGGUGCCUUUUCACUUGUGGGGAUGGCUCAUUUGGUCAGCUUGGCCAUGGGGAUUACUCUGCGUACAGCACUCCUGCUAAAGUCUCCUACUUCGUGAACAAUCAUGUUGAACAGAUGGCUUGUGGGAUGCGUCAUUCGCUCGUCUUGUUGAAGGGUAGGCAGUUUGGGGAGCCAAGUUUAUGGUUUUGGCUCUGGGAAGCGUGGCCAAUUGGGCAUUUCAGUAGAAAAGAUCAAAUCAGCAAAUCUUCCGCGAGUUACUGCUGGGUUUGAAGACAUCCAGAUCACUACCAUAACCGCAAAUGGUGAUCAUAGUGCUUCAUUAUCUGUUGAUGGGAAGUUGUACACAUGGGGAAGAGGGUUUAGUGGUUCUCCAGACAUCAAUGUUCCUAGCUGUACACUUCCAUCUCUGAGUUUCAGUCAAGUUGCUCUUGGCUGGAAUCAUGCUUUGUUAUUGACCGAUGAUGGUGAAGUAUUCAUGCUUGGGGGAAACCGUCAUGGAGUGCUUAGCAACACAGAGAAAAUGAUGAACACAGCACCAAACCAUCUCCCUGGCACGGAGAGAGUUCGAAUACCCAAUGGAGUGAAAGUCAGGCAGAUUGCAGCAGGAUCUGAGCAUUCUGCUCUUCUUAGAGUGGACGGAGAAGUCAUGACGUGGGGAUGGGGAGAACACGGCCAGCUUGGGUUAGGGAGCACGAGUGACGAAACAGAUCCAUGCCUGGUCAGGAUUGGAAGUAAUGACAGCCGGAAUGAAAAGGAAGCAGUCGCCAUCUCUAGAGUUUACUGUGGAAGUGGGUUCACAUACGUUGUGAAGGCCGUGCAUUAGCAAUUAUAAGCUGCAAAAAUGCCUAGUUGAUUAUCUAACGCACUGCACAUUCUUCAGAAAAAGAAUCUAACAAUCAUUUAUUUCCACGGAAGAUUCUGUACUGGAUUACACAAUGGAAAGACGACGAGCUGAAUUAAAGCUGCAACAUUGGCUAGCCCCAUCCUUAUGGUUGGC